AUGAUUUCAAUUGAAGAAAAUGGCUUCUGUCUAGUUAGAUCAAUUUCUUCAAUCGGUACAGGUCUUGUUCCAAUGGAUUAUCUAGAUGAGAACGUAGAAUUAAGCAAAUCAUUAGGUUUGCCACCUAUUUUUACAAAAAAUAAACCACUUGUCAGUAUAACACCUCCUACCUCUCCAAUGACAAUAAUAUCAAAAAACUUUUCAAUCGCCUCAAUAUCGAGAUCGAAAACUAUUUCCCAGAGUAAUUUAAAAGGUGGGAGCACAGUUGAUAAAAUCGAUGAGGACAAUAGAGAUCAUGUGAAUACGUUUCUAUCAGCAAUAGAGUACUGCAAGCUGACCCACAUCGAAAGCAAAGAAAAUCGUUUAUUAUAUCAUUUGGCAGUAAGAAGUUCAUCAACUCACAAAGAAUACACUUCAGAACGUUACUAUGAAAGUUUCUAUCGUUUACAUUCAAUGAUUGCUGAGUUAGCCCCACCUUCAUUGAAAAUACCACGGCUACCAAUCCCACAUUGUUGUACAAAUAAUAUGAAACCAGACUCAUAUCUUGAUAGUAACAGAAUGACAACCUUAAAUAAUUAUUUGACUGAGCUUGUCAAUGUAAUAGUUAACUGCACGUCACCAAUCCUUCGACAACUAUUAUUUGUUUGGUUAACUAAAGACACGGUAGAAUUACUAGACUAUAGACUAAUGAUGAUUAAGGUACGCUAUAAUAAUCAGUAUUUUGCUAUUAAUUGUAAAGAUAAUGAAAUAGCAGUGCUAAAGGAAUUAAAAGAAGUGAUUAAAAAAAGAAUACCAGGUAUUCCCGAAGAAGAAACAUAUAAAAUUAAAGCCAAUUUAGAUGGUUGGUAUAUUGUAGAACUUUCAAAUGAUGAUAUUUAUCAACAGGCAUUUAUCAAAGGUUGGCAAGUAAAAUUUCUGGAUCUAGAAAUUGAGUAG